GUCCUCCCCUUUGAUCACACACCAAUAGCACUAAAGAAGUGGCAGGAAAAAAAGUACUUUUCCCUUCCACCUAUAAUGUUUCCUACCAUGUACCUACUUUUUAUAUCCACCAGAAGUACCUCAAAACUUUUGGACAUGGCACAAGAGCAUCCAUACCUAUGAAAAGAACAGAGAGUCAGGUCACACUCAUUGCUGGCAGGCUGAAAGCAUCAAUCCCUGCAGCCAAAUACAUGUGCAUUGUCUGUCUGCCAGCAGACACACAGGUGCAGUACAAUCGUGGGGUCCUGCAUGGUCUGUGUGCAUGUGAGGAAAUGCCAAUUCAAGGGAAUAAAAAAUAUAUGACUGGCAUGUAUCUCACAUAACAGGACCUUGACAGUGAUGGCAAUUUACCAUUGUCCUAGCAGUCAAAUCUUCCCUGAAUUUCUGGCACAUGUUAGAGGCAGAAUCCAUUCUAGGUAGAGAAUUAAUAAGGGGCUGGGGCCAGAAGGAUCUUUACUGCCAGCCAGACUGGAAUUCUGCAGGCCCUUGGGAGCAGUCUCAAAGACAGUCAUGAAUGUUUAACCAGGAACAGCUCUUGCUACAAGAUAAUUAUCAUGCAGGCAGCAAAAAAAUGCAGAACACAUGUCAUUUCUGAACUCUUUCAAAUAACCUAUUCUGUUCUUCUAGUUACAACCAUCCAGUAUUCAGUAAGCAACAAAACCAACACUUGCUCUUGGUGAUAGUGCAACAGCUCACGAUACAGAGAGGUUCUGCUCUGCUGUGUCAAUAGGGAAGGGAAAAGUCCCUGGCACUAGCACCAGUGCUUCAGCUGGAUGUCUAAAGAAAGGAAAAUCAGCCCAGACUCUAUAAACCACAGCCUAAUGUGAUGGCAGCACACUGAGGGCAAGCUCUGCCUGUGAAGGUAGCUGCUCUCACAUUUCAGCAAAUGCUGAGUUUUGCAGGAAGCGUGUUGUGGGCAAUUGCACCAGCCACAGCCAGUCAGUGGUUCAGGCAGUUUUUGCUCCUCUGUAAAGCAGUGACUCCAGUAUAACCUGCAUGCAGCCAUUCCUUCAAAAAGUGCUAGUAUAAAGCUGUAGAAAUCUCUUAAUGCAGUAAGAUAGGAGGUCUUCCCAUCUCCCUGCAUGAGACACAGCACAGGAUUUAAUGAAACUGCAACUAUUCUGUUUGCAUCCCUGUGACACCAGAUACAUGAGACUUUUCAAAACUAGGAAUCACCAUUACUAAACGAUAGAUAUUGUCUUCUAUAUAAUGAAAUAGGAACUAACUUAUUGAAGAGAGAGUGUUUUCCAGGCUUAGAAAAUUUUCUGAUGGCAGAAACAAUGUUUAUAGAAGGGAUCACUACCCCUGGGGAUCACUGAAAUCCAGAAAUACUGCAUUUUCUUGUUGCCUUUUCAAACCACACAAAGCAAAGAUAUAUAGCAGAAACAUCUGUGGGUUCCAUACUUCACAGAUGUUCUCCUAUACCUGGUGAAACCAAUCCCUUGUUUUCUAAAACAGGAAGAAAAAAAUUUUCUCUGUGCAUUCCACUUUGGUAGCUGCACUUCAUCUUCUUUCUCCUUAGUGCUUGUCCUCUUAAGGACACAUCGUGCCCCCUUACAGGUCUGUAAGGGGCCAUGACUGCUCUGAAGCAAGCAUUUUGUCUCCUACCAGUACAGCUCUAUUUUCAUGCACCUAGGCCUUAGUAACAGAUUCAGUAUUUAACAACUGACUCUUUGGGCAAUGAGACAUAUGAAAUGGUGGUAGACAAAGUACAAAUGCCUCCUCCCUUGAAAUGCAGCAUGAAGACUUUUGCCAGGUCUGCAUUACUGGCUGACAAUGUUUUUCAGCUUUUUCAGACCCUGUUUUGCAAAAGCUCAUGUACUUCAUGUGCUGCUUUAGCUGAACAUGCUCGGAUUUCCUGGCUGCGUCCAUGUUUUGAGGUCAGCUACUUCAACAGAGACAUUUUUCCUUUCCAGGCAGAGGAGGAGUACAAAGAGCAGAGUCAGGGAUAUAACAAUCCCCUAUUAUAAGAAGCACUGACACAGCCAGCACUAACUGGCACCCAUCUCCAUAGAAAUGCCAUGCACUGUAAGGAUAAAGAAAAAUGAGUUAUUAUCCUUUAGCCGCAGGGGAAGCAGCCCCAGGCACAAGGAACAAUGGGAGCGAGUCUGCAUUGCUGCUGCUGCGGUUCCUGCACUAUGGCUACAGCAGUGUUCCUCAACAUUCAGCCCUUGUAUCCCAUCCCUCUGGGACACAGUCCAUGCAUUAUCCCUCACCCAACACGAGAGGGGUUCACUCUAGCAGCCAUGUGCCCCUUCUGUCCUGCUAGCAGGGUUUUGCACCUCUGCCACCAAGCAAAGUCUUCUUAGAGGAGUUUCAGCUCCAGUGCUGUUGCAGCUCUUCUGGCUGUAUCUAUAAUCCCAGCUUUCUAUGGACAUUCCCUGGGACACAUUCUGCCACCUCCCAGUGCUUUAAACACUUCUGGGCUAAGAUUCUUUACACAGCCAGUAAAAAAAGUGACAAUAUAGAAAUCUUUAACUACUCCAAACAUCACAGUAGUAUUGAAGAGACAAUUAUACACUUCAUUUGCACUUUUUCAUCCUCAUUCAACAGAACUUUUAAACCUAAAGGUAAUUGGUGUCCUCUAGCAGAAAUGUGCAAUCACAGAGUCACAUGACAAAAAAUAAGAGCCAGGGACAUGGUAACCCAGCUUCUGGCAUCCUUCAAGGUGAAAUGCUGCAGAGUUGCCCCCUAGUAGAAAACCAGUGACAUUCAUCAGGAUCCUCCCCAAGUAAUGGUCCCUGUCACUUCUCCAGAUCUUCAAGAUAGAAGCUACUUGUAAAGUUAUUCCCCCUUGUCUCCAGCAUGGAGUUCCUGACAGGUUAUUCACAAGGCACACUGCUGUCAUUUCAAACUAAAAUUUCUCUGGGAAGAAUUUGCCAUGACUCUUGAGGGGUGUCAAUGCCUCCAGGGCUAAGGGAUAGCAUUCAACUGUAGGUAUCCAGAUGAGUGGAAAUACUCACAGAAUGAAUCCAAACUGAGCUUUCUAUCACAACCAAACUGACUGCACAUAAUAGAGUCAAUAUAUUUGUUUAAAACUGUCAUUUAACAAAUACAAAGCACAAAAUCAGUCAACCUUGUGGCACUUUUCCAUUUUCUGUUCAAAAUACUGAGACCUUUGUCUUCGUUUUAUUUGGCAGAACUGGAUCACUGACAGAACAGAAUUAGAGCCAGACCUGUUCUGCACAUAGAUUUAUUCAAGCAAAUCUGGUUUCUUAAGGAAGCAGCUUUGUGUGUGUAUUCUUAUCCCUUGCCAUGAGGUCAAAAUUGCAUAUCUGCCCAGUGAAGUCCAAAUUAGAGAUGGAAAGCCAGGAGGAAAAAGUGCUGUCUGGUCUCACAGGGAGCAACAACACUUCUGUAAAACCCUGUAAUCAUUGACUUAGUGUUUGCUGUUGCAGCUGUAGGUUUAAAGGUGAUGGUCAGUAUGCAAUAAAAAGGGGGCACAAGUUUAUAAAGAGACACAGCUCCACUAUGAAGGUUUGUUAUCUUAGUCAGGCCUCAGCCUCUCCAUCCUGACUCACCACCCUGAUCUGCAGCACUGGCUCUCUAAGCAGAAUGGUUUGGCUUGCUUGGAUGCUCUUUGGCAUGCAGGUGCUUUGCUCCUGCACUGCUGCCCCUCCGGCCCAAGGAGCAGGGGCUGCCCUGCUCUGCCCCCGCUGCGAUGACGCCGCAGUGGAGGCGGCUGCAGACCUGGCCCUCCGCCAGAUCAAUGCUGACCGAGAGGAGGGCUACGUACUCAGCCUCUACAGGAUUGUCAGCGCCCGAGACCAGCCGCAGGAGAUCACUGGUUCUGUCUUCUAUCUCAUCUUGGAUGUAGUAGAUACUGAAUGCCAUGUACUCAGCAAAAAGUUGUGGAAGAACUGUAACACCAGACCUGCUCAUUCAACUAUUUACGGUCAAUGCAAAGCAAUUAUCUAUAUUAAUCAGGCAAGAAAUAUUGCUCAUCUGAAUACUUAUGAGUGCACUUUACAACCAGUUCCAGGCAGAUAUAUUUGGUCAGUAUGUCCUGACUGCCCAGUUGAUGAUUCUCCAACUAAAGCUAAAUACUUGGAGGCUGCUGCCCGAAGCCUUGCCAAGUUCAAUGGAGAGAGUGAACAAACUCAUUACUUCUCUGUCCUCAAUGUCACAAGAGCUUCAAUGCAGUGGGUCAUUGGUCCUGCAUACUUUGUGGAGUUUUUAAUUCAGGAGACAUCUUGCUCCAAAGAUGACACGGUUGCUGAUGCCUCAAUGUGUGAGCCACUUCCACCAGAAGUAGCUAAAAUCGGUUUCUGCAAAGGCUCUGUAGUAAACAGUGGUGCCGAACAGUUUGUCACAAUAUCCUGUGAAAUCUACAGUCAGCAGGAUCCUGCCACUGAAGAGGAAAACCAGGAAGCUAAUCAGACAAUUGGAAAAUCCACGCAGGAUCAACAGGCUUCCCCUUCAGAUGCCAAUCCUUUUUCCCUACACCUGGAAAAAACAGUGGGCUGGGUUAAAAUUCUACCCCCUUCAAAUGAGGACAUCACUUUCCAUAGCUUACGAGAAAGUCAAAAUGAACAUAAAGACAGAAAGCCAGUUCCUCCUAAGGCGGUAGGAUCUGCCCACAGGUGUGAUGGAGAAAAGACUCAAGCAAACAAACCAGACUUGACCAAACCAGUCACUGGACCAGUUAUUCUCCCUUUUCCUGAAGAACCUUCUCUAUCAGAUUCAUGUCCAGGAGAAGCAAAGCGGAGAGAAGGCAUCCUCCAUCCUUUGAUAACUAGAAAGCCCACCACAGUCUAGCCAGCACCCAAGCACCUCAACUAUCUGCAACACAAUAACAGCAAAAUGGCAACAUGGUUUUCAAUUUGUGUAACAUCUUCAAAUAAAUAGUUUGUUACAGUCCUUCA